AUGAAUAGCAGUGAAAGUGUGAUUGGUGUGAAAACUAGAUCCAUGAAUGUAUGUGAAAGAGUGCUUCAACCAAGAAUCAAAAGGGACUAUUGUCACAUUUCUAAGGAAAAGAAAUCAUAACUGAUUUAGACUGUACUGAAACAAAAAUGUAAAAUAAAGAAAAUAGCAAGAGAUUUAAAUAUAAACUAUGCAACUGCUAAAACUAUACUUCAUUGUUUUAAGAAAAAAUAAAUAGCCUUUGAUGCAGAUCCCGAAGUCAAAAGGGUGUCAGUUGGCUCAAUUAAGGAAGGCUCAAAACUUUGGGUCUAAAUUAAAGUGGCCGAUCAGAUAAUUAACCAUUUUGAAUAUUUCGAUGAAAUCAAGAGAAUCUAAUGA